AUGGAGUCUCAAUAUCUGAAGAGAUGCCUGGGAAGUUGCUUGAGAAAGGGACUGGCAGAGGUUGCAGAACGUCGGCCAGCGGAUCCAGUAGAAUAUCUGGCACACUGGAUUUACAAUUAUAGAAGAGUCUUAGAUGAAGAAAAAAAGAUAAUGUUGGAGAGGAUUGAGCUGGAACAGGAACGGGAGGCAGCCCUGGAAGAACUUGAGAUGUUACAAAGAAUGAAGGAAGAAGAACUAAUGAUCCAGCAGAAACUUGAAGAACAACGUCAGGCUCAGCUGGAACAAGAACGUAAGGAGCUGGAACUGCAGAAUGAAGAAGGCAAAAUGCCAUUGCAGCAGGAAGAUCAAGAGGAAAAUGAUGACAAGAUGAUAGCUGAAUUUACAGAUAGAGCUGGAGCGCCUAAUUUGACCAGCGUUGAGGAGCUAGAUGAGAAUGAACAGUUUGAGGUAUUCAGUGGUUGUAAAGAUGUUGAUAUCUGUAUUCCAAGAGGUGCGAAUUGA